GAAACAUUUGUUACUUUGAGAAACUCUGUGCUCCACAUCAGCCAUUUCAGUGUGUAUAAAAUCCUGAAAAUCUUGAUUUGGUUCUAGCUCAGAGGUGUUUGAAUACUCACUGUAUAUGUACUCUCUGGACCACGUGUGUAUAUCUCUGUUGAUCUUUGUGUCAUCUGACUACUUAACAUAACAGCAAAACAUAACAGCUGAUGAGAGCAACUUACUCUCUAUUUCAACAGAGACAAGAUAAAUGUAAUCUUAUUUUUUCCCUCUGAAAACCUGCAGAGAAAUAUUAAAGAUUAGAACUUUGUCCUGGAGUCACAGUGGAUAUUUUUGGUGAAUUUGCUUGUUUGUUGUAACUCUGGUUUUAGUUUACUGCUGCAUAACUGCCUCUUUAAAUGGUGGGCCAGGGCAGGCAGAUCUGGGUCCUGGCACUGGUUCUGAUGGGUGUUUUAAAAGAGGAAAAAAAAGAGUUUCCCCUCUGGGAUCAAUAAAGUAUUUCUGAUUUUAGAAGUUUGUUUGGCAUGUGGACUGCCAAUGUGGUGGAGGACAUCUUUUGUGGGAGCAAAUGUUGUGACUACACAAUCGGUGUGGGAUGGUCUGUGGUUACACUGUAUCCUUCAGGCCACAGGUCAGAUGCAGUGCAAGAGACACACAGCAUCCAUCACUUUGACCCCUGACAUCCAGGCUGGACGUGCCCUCACAUUGCUCUCCAUCCUCCUGGGGUUCAUCGUCACCCUCCUCAGAGGAGGCGUAGCAAACUGUAGUGGCGCUCCACCUGACCCCUUAGAGCAUCCGACCACCUCCUCCUCCAGAAAAAAGGGGUCUCUUCUGGGUGGAGUUCUGUGCAUCCUGUGCCUGGUUUCAGUUAGCUGGUCAGUGGGAACAACGAUCUCAGUCUACAAUGACCCCUCAGUGGCCGCUGCCCUGAAGAGAGAGGUGGGCUCCUCCAUCUACAUAGGCUGGUCCUCCUCCGUGCUGCUCCUGCUCGGAGGUGCUCUGAUCUGCUUCUUCUGCGGUGAGAAGGAGAGAUCCCAACAUUCCUACUACUCCUACAUGCCGUACAGCAUCAACACUAAACUCGGUUCAUCCCGCAUGGCCACUCUGAGGUCUGAUGUCGCAGAUCAAACAGCUCGAGGAUGUUUGAUCGUCAUACGCCUAGUAGGAUGUGUUGAGAAGCAUCUGGUCAGGUGAGAUUUCUUCACGAACCAG